GCCAGUUCUCCACACUGACCCAACGCUAGCGACUAUUUCUCAAAUUCAGAUUCCGUGAAAAGUCAUGACCAAGACGACGCAUGGACUCCAAGCCCAGGAGGAGCCUGAUUACCUGAUAAAUCAAAGCACCCACACGUGCCUGGCUGUCUUAGGUGGCACUUGUCCCGAAGAUGCAGUCUUGGGGAUGGCGCAGUGCAGCGGUGCCAGAAGUCAGCAGUGGUACUCGACUGGCGAUGGGCAGUGGCAGUGGGGAGGUAACCGAGCAUAUUGCCUAAUUUCACACCCAAAUAAGCUGAGGGUAGAAUUAGGCUUCUCGAACUCUGCCGAGAGUUCCACGUGCUGGGUCUUCGACGACGCCGACAGAUUGGUGGAUGGCGACCUGGCUCUGGACGUGCCUUGGGAAAGCCCUAGGACUGCCGUUGGACUGUGGCCGAAGCAUGCCGGAAACAACCAAAAGUGGUGGUCGCUGUCUACACUGAAGGCGUACCUGCAUGAGGCAGAAGAGCCCAUAAAUGGAAUGAUUAUCGACAUUUUAGGUCCCCAAUGGCAAGACACAAUCCAAAAACUUAACAGCCACAGCAGCAAAAAAAGUCAGACUAAUGAAAGCAGCACCGAGGAAGAGGCAGACGUUUUCAUCAACCAAAGUAGCCUGACCUGCUUGGCGGUCACAUCAGGAUCGUGUCCUCAGGAUGCCGUUGUCGGGCUGGAGUCCUACUCCAGCAGUAGAAGGCAACGAUGGUUCUUGAAGAACGGGAAAUUGCUUUGGGGAGGUGAUCCUGCUUAUUGCCUCGAGGUGGACAUAGAAAAAUGUUGUGUUAAACUUGCUGAUUGCACGGCUUCUUCGGUGAAGUUGACGCUUGACGAAAGCGGAAUGUUCUCGACGGGGACGCACGCGUUAGACGUUCCGUGGAAAAUCCCAAGGACGAAAGUCGUCGUGUGGCCAAAAAAUGGACGGGAGAAUCAGAGGUGGUGGAAGCUCUCGAAACUUUGCGACUCGAUUGGCCAUUGCCUCUACCCAUUCCCUCCAUCCAGCCUGACUCUCUACAGGAAAGAGACAGCGCGAGAAAUAAUCAACAGACUGACCCCCGUGACCGAACCACUUCCUUACCCCCGUGACGUGAAAACUUUUCCCGGUGCCGUGGACGCAGCGACGCCCCGGCUGAAGAAAACCCUCCAGCUGGAUCUCUCGACGCUCGGGCAGACGAGGAACCUACGCAUGACCGUUCCUCAAGACUGGCAAGCUACGGAUCUCUACGUGGUUCCUGGAGAGGUCUUCCAGGUUAUUCUGCCUGACGACCUGCCACCUGAACAAGCAGAUCAGAUCAAAGUGCGUGUCGGCGCACACUGUGACUGCCUUGAUCUCCAUUCGACCAAUGUGUCGGAUCAGAGAAAGUUCAAAAGAAUGCCAGUCGUUACUGACGUGUUCGAAGUCUUCCCUGGAAUGAAUUCACUGAGAAGCCAGUUUGGUGGAAGCCUAAUUUUUAUGUUCGAGGAAGGGGACAAUUUUGUGACCACAGUUGACGUGCAAAAUGUUAUAAGAGCUCCGUAUUAUAGGCUUGGCACUACUUCCAAUAAAGUAUGGAAUAGAUCUAAGUAUCUGGAUGCACCCAACUCUAUUUUGGAAAGUGGCCGCUUUGUAUUAGUCGUCCCUACGACAGCAGCCAGCAAAAUCACCGACCCUCAGGAGCUUUUGCAGAGGUAUGACCACGUCAUGGAAAAGAUGGAUGACCUCUGCGGCUUCGGAGACACAGACCCGCAACCCCGAGGUAAAUACUGGCUGGUCGAGGACGUUCAGAUCUCCUGUGGCAGCGCGCACGCAGGGUUCCCAGUGAUGUUUGAUCGGCAAUACUAUGACCUAACGUCCCUCGACACACCCCACCACUGGGUCAUCAGCCAUGAAAUGGGUCAUAACUACCAACAGGGACCCUAUUGGUCUACCGUCUACGGCAGCGAAUCUACCGUUAACUUGUUUUCAGUGUUUGUAGAGGAAGAGCUAAACACAGGAAACCGUUUGAAGAAGCAAAACGACUAUCUGAGGGCGGCGAAGGCAGUAGAUGCAGGCAUGAAAUUCGAGGAAGCUGACUGCUGGCAGAAGCUUGUGUUUCUGAUGGAGAUCAAGCAUGCCUUUCCCGAGCCAGGGUGGGAAAUGUUCCGUCAGCUGAAUCGAACAACUCGUGCCCUAUCAGAAGAGGAGGCUCAGCGCAUAGCGUCAGAUAGUCAGCACCAACUUGAUUAUGUCUACAGGGUGCUGAGCAAGAGAAUAGGUCAAGAUCUGAUUUUGACGUACAAGAGAUGGGGUAUCGACAUCAGCCAAGAAUCACAGGACGAGGUCCAGCAACUGGGGCUAAAGAAGGCCCCGGGAGAUCUCUCUGUGAGAUCAUGAGACUUAUUUAUGCUGUUACAUAGACAUUAUGAUUCCCUUCCUCCCGUUCCUUCAUCUUACCUGUCUAACUGUCAAUUCAUUUUCAAUACACGCUCACAUCACAUAGAUAUAUAAACUCACAACAUCCUUACCCCCCCCCCCCCACACACACACACCAACGCAAGUGUUUGUUGAUAGCUGGCGUAACUCACUGAUCUUUGAUUCACGCGCAAAUGUUUUCGCUGAACCAUUGUUAUCUAUUCAAGGGCAACGUGAUAUAUUUUCUCAGUGACACUGUAAAUAAACCCAUUGCGUUUGU